GAGUCCCCCUCUCUGUCCCUCUGCCUCUUUGUAGAGGGCAAAGAAAGAAUCAAAGGAGAGAUGACCAGCUCAAGCUGAGUACCGAGAGCUGGAAACGGAACCUAAGGCAGUUGGAGCAUGAGGGCUGGCCCUAGGGGCGUGGCCGCGGCUCGACGGGACCAUCCCAAACCCAAGCCCGCCUUCUGCACUGAAUUGCCUAAGACGGAGAGAGGGGACGAAAGGAGAAAGAAGUAUCAACUUAGGGAGGAAGAGGGAGAAGGAGAAGAAAGGAGAGAUACACAGAGACUGGAGGCAGAGAUAUACAGGGAAAUAUAGUGGGGGCAAGCAGAGGCAGAAACGGAGAUCAGUGAAAGAGUGGGUGAACUAGUGCCAUCGAACGGGGUCGCCCUCACUGACGGGGAGGGGGCACCGAGGUGCCCGUCCGCCUCCCUAAGAUUCGACGGCCACUUUGUCUCCCUGCCUGAAAGGCUGAAAUUCCGCCUUUAGAAUCGCACUUCCCUUCACGCAGGUUUUGGCUUUAAUGUGAAACCCCCUCCCCUCGAGGCAAUCCCAGAGCCCCUUAGAGGGUUCAGAUCAGCGCCAACUGCAUAGGACGAAGUUCUGGCUAUAUCUCUUCACAGGACUAGCCCCGUGGAGGGUUGAAAUGCCAGAUCCAGGCACUGAGAUCAAGAUGAGCAGUAAGCCCACAUCUAAAAGCCAAGUUGGGCCAGCCCCGAAGAGGCUCUGUUCAAAUCUAUUCCUCAGCAUCAAGUUCUUUGUGUUCUGCCACAGCCUUCUGCAGCUGGCCCAGCUCAUGAUCUCAGGCUACCUGAAGAGCUCCAUCUCCACCAUAGAGAAGCGCUUUGGCCUGUCCAGUCAGACAUCAGGGCUCCUGGCUGCCUUCAAUGAGGUGGGAAACACAGCCCUCAUCGUAUUUGUGAGCUACUUUGGGAGCCGUGUCCACCGGCCUCGCCUGAUUGGCCUUGGAGCUGUUCUAGUCGCCCUGGCAGGGCUCCUCAUGAGCCUUCCCCACUUCAUCUCGGAGCCCUAUCGUUAUGACCACGUUGACUUUGACCUGCCUCAGGACUCGGCUUCUUCCCUAUGCACACCAUCCCAGGCCUCAGCCCUGGCCUCUGCCUCCAUCCCAGCCCCAAGCAAUAGCAGCUGUGCCUUGUAUUCGGAGGCUCCACAGAUGGUGGUGGUGGGGCUCAUGUUCCUGGCACAGACUCUGCUUGGUGUGGGUGCUGUGCCCAUCCAACCCUUUGGAAUCUCCUACAUUGAUGACUUUGCCCACCCCACCAACUCUCCCCUCUACUUAGGAAUCCUGUUUGCUGUGACUCUCAUUGGACCAGGAAUGGCCUAUGGACUUGGAGGCCUCAUGCUAAGGUUUUAUGUGGAUAUUGAUCGGAUGCCUGAAGGAGGCAUCUCUCUGACUCCAAAGGACCCACGCUGGGUAGGCGCCUGGUGGCUGGGAUUCUUGGUCUCUGCUGGCGCUGUGACCCUGACGGCUCUCCCUUAUUUCUUCUUUCCCCGGGAAAUGCCAAAGGAAGAGAAGGAGCUUAGUUUCGGGAAAAAGAUCUUAUCUUCAUUGGAUGAUAAAGGAGAGAACUCUCUCAUCAACCAGGGAGCAGGAAACUCCCCAAACAAAGAGAAGGAUGGAGAGGCCCAGCUUGCCCCAGACCUCACUGUGUUACAGUUCAUCAAAAUCUUUCCCCAAGUGUUGCUACGGAAUCUACGCCACCCCAUCUUCCUCCUGGUGGUCCUGGCUCAGGUCAGCAUGUGCUCUAUGGUGGCUGGAAUGGCCACCUUUCUGCCCAAAUUUCUGGAGCGCCAGUUCUCUGUCACUGCCUCCUUUGCCAACUUGCUCAUCGGCACCGUGAGCAUCCCUGCAGCCAUAGUGGGCAUCGUGACUGGAGGGGUCCUGGUACAGCGCCUACACUUGGGCCCCACACGCUGUGCAACUGUUGGUGUACUAGGGGCCUUUACUUGCCUGCUGCUUGGCCUGCCACUCUUCUUCAUGGGCUGCCCCACUCACCCUAUUGCCAAUGUCUACAACCCCAGUACUCUUCCUGAAAAUGGGGAGUUCCUAAACUGUAUCCAGCUGUGCUCCUGCUCUAAGAGUGACUUCAACCCUGUGUGUGACACCAGGAGCCACACCGAGUAUGUGACCCCCUGUCAGGCUGGCUGCACAGAGGUUCAGGGUGAUCCAAGCCCUGGUCAUGGCUCAGUUAUCUAUACCAACUGCAGCUGCCUCAUUUCAGGGAUUAGAAAUAGUUCCAUCAUCUCUGGAUCCUGUGAAUCAUCCUGCAGUCACCUGGUAUAUCCCUUCAUCCUCCUCAUCAGUCUUGGAGGGGCUGUGGCCAGUAUCUCUCAUACACCUGCCUUCAUGCUCAUCCUGAGGGGGGUAAAGAAUGAAGAUAAAUCUUUGGCUGUUGGAAUUCAGUUCAUGUUGCUGAGAGUUUUAGCCUGGAUGCCUAGUCCUGUGCUCCAUGGCAGUGCCAUUGACACUGCCUGUGUCCUCUGGGCUGAUACCUGUGGGAUGCAGUCCCUUUGUCGAUACUAUGACCAUGAUCUCCUCAGACAUCGGUUCAUCGGGCUUCAAUUCUUCUUCAAGCUGGGUACACUGUUCUGCUUCACCCUGGUGUUCACCAUCCUACGACAGCAGGAUAAGGAGGCUGCCCGCUCUAAAUCCCAUCACAACUCUGUUCCCCAGGAGGAGAAGUUGGCCCUUAAGUUAGAGAAGAAUUCUGGGGAAUUCAAAGUGUGAUCCAGCUGCUCCAGGCCUGACCUGCCUCCCUCCUAAGUUCUGGAGUGGGCAAAAGACCCUACCAAUGAUGAGGAGAAGGAAUAACAUCUUCAACAAAUAUAGUCUUCGUUGGAGUCCUUUGCCAGAGGAUGGCAGUUAAGGGGGCAAAUGGAAACUGGUCACCUGGGAGUGUAUCCUCAAAGAGCCAUUCAGAGACUGAAAAUUCUAUCAGGUGCUCUCUCAACAUUCACCUUUUCUUGUAGUGACUGUGGAUGAUGGAGAAAAAGAGUAAGCCUCAGGUAGAUAGUCUUUGUCAGCGCAGGACCAAAGAUCAAUCAAAGACCAAUCCCUAUUAUGAUCCAACCAUCCUGCUCCUGAUGCCGGCUCAUCCCUGCUACCUACAGACAAACUGAGAUCAAUGGAUUCUUUUUCUAGAGAUCUGGCUCUCCUAGAAACACAGAAAGAAGAACAACCAACUUCCAUGUUUGUCUCACAAACUCACCCAUGGGGAAAUAGAAGGACAGGACUCCCUGUGCACCAUGAGCAUGGGAGCUUCCUGGACCUCAUCCCAAUCUUCCACCUAGGAAAUGCAUAUCAGGGAUGCUAUGCAAUCAUCCUCUGGAUGAAUUGGCUUGUCUUUUACAAUCAUUAGCAUCAGAGAUUGACUCUCAGGCACUCUGACUCUAUGCCCUCCCUUUGAUCAAUUUUAGAACAAAGACUGAAAACAACUUGCCCCAGACACCUUUGCCUAAACCCCUGCCAGGUUUGUAUAUUUACCUAGGAGUGGUGAUACUUCAUCAUACUGCCGCAUUUAUCCAAAAGUAUAGUUCCCUGCUGCCUUCACAUGCUUUCUUUUAUUCAUUAUAGACAGCCAUCUCCUCUCCUUGGCCAGGCAUUCAUCCAGGAGAAUUCUUUUCUCCAACAAAACAAAUGCUGCUUCUUGACAAGACCCUGCCAAAGCUCACAUUCCACAUCCAGGACCAAUAUAGAGCAGAAACUUUCCCCAGCAUUUGGAUAAGAAAAGGUGACCUUUAGUUUUUACAAAGUCUCUAGCAUCACCUUGGAUAAGUCAUUUUUUUAUCCUAAACUUCAGGUUUCUUUGUGUAGAAUAACAGGAGGUAGUAGAAGUACAGGUGGGUAGGAUGUAAUAUGGUAGAAAGAACAUUGAUUUUGGCAUCAGAGGAUCUGGGUUGAAAUCUCAUUCCUUAUGCUUAGUCCUUGCAAUAGUAGAUAAGUCACUUAAGCUCCCUAGGUCUCAGUUUCCUCAUCUGUAAAAUGAUGAGAUUAUAGUCAGUGGCUGUUGGCCCUUCUACCUCUGAAUCUAUGUGUCAAUGAUAAGAAACCCAGUGAUUCUCUACCUCUUGGGAAUACUUCAAAAGUGACCAUGGGCUAGAUGACCUCAAAGGCCCCUUCCAGUUUUGAAUCUAUGAUCCUCUGAGCCUGAAUCCCAUGGAUCUUUCUGACCCUAAGAGCACUUGCUUUCUUGAUCUUGGAUAUAUGUCACCUCAUCAAUUCCUGGUCACCUUCUUCCUUCUACCACAGUCAUCUCAUUUCCUGGCCAUUGUACUGAGAGCCGUUAUUAACAAAGGGAUAUCUGGAAUUUGUACCCAGGCCACUGACCUCCAAGGGAUUAUGCUUCUUCUCCCAGAUCUGAGCUUCCCACCUAUAGCUAGCCUUGUCCCUAUGCCUCUUCCUCUAUUAACUAACUCUUUGAUUGGGCCCCCUUCCAAAUGCUCAUCACUGUGUGUUCCCUUUCCUAAGUCUAGUCUCCUUCCUAACUUCCUAACUCCCACAGGAGCCAGGGCAAGGCUCACUGGAUGCCUCCUAUUCUAUUUCAAUCAUAUCUAUGCUUAAACUGUCUCUUAAACUACUGCUCCACCCACAGAUGAAUUUCCCUAAAGCAUAAGAAUUGCUCAUUACUACCCUUUAUGGGCCCAUUUCUAUCUCUUCUCUUCUGUCCCAGCUCUUCACUCUUUAAACCCCAAUAGUACAUUUCAUCGACUUUGUUCAGAAGGGCAAAGAGAAUAUAUGAAUUGAGAAGUGUUAGAUGUGCAGCCAUCUAUUCCCAGUGUGAGUGGCACCUAAUCUAGUCUUUAACGAAAGUAUCCCAACCUGAACCUCUGGGCUAUGAACCCCAUAAGAGCAGCUCCUCGGUGGUCCUGGAUGAAAAGGGAAUCAUCUUCUCUAGAACUCUCACCAAUUUUUGUAAUUUGUCUACCUGGUUCACUGGAUUUAACUCAUUGGCUCAUUCUCCCAAACCCUUACUCACUCUUGGCCAAUCAAGGAGUCUCCUGUUUUCAUGGCAGUUUUAUGGAAGCCAACAUUCCCUCUAUUAUAUGAAAUAAUAAUUUAGUUAAUGAACUUUCUCUUCCAAAACUACAGACUACACCUCUCCAACAUUCCCAAGAGACAUUCUUUGCUUAUAGAGUCGGAUUAUAUUCAGUAUGAUUUAAUUCAGCAAAUAUGUUGAGCACCAGCAUGAUACAAUACAACAUCAAAUUCUAAGCACUAGAAUUCAAAACCAUUUUGAUACUUACUCACCUGUGCAACCUUGGGUAAGUCGCAACAACUUACAACAGCCUCAAUGAUCUCAUCUGUAAAAUGAAAUAAUAAUACUUGCACUACUUAGUUCUUAUGAGUUCUAUGAGGGAAGAAGUGUUUUAGGAACCACAAAUGACUUCAAAAAUGGUAGUUACGAUUAUCAUAGGCAUAGCCCUGUGCUUAAUGAUGUGAGAUUGGGCAAUCAUGGGGAGACACAAAGAUAAGUCAGUCAUGGUUCUCAAAGAGCUAACAAGCUAAUAGAGGAAAUUAGCUAAAUACACAAAUAACCAUUAUGCAGACAGAAUGUAAUAAUGGCAAGAGAAAGCUAGACAAAAACAUUAUGGAGAAAUAUAGGAGGGAGAAAUCACUUCCAGUUGGGAGGAUAGGUCUGACCAGCAUUCUGUGACCAAGGUCUCCCUAUCUGGGCACUAAUAGUCAGUGGAGAAUGGGAUAGUCAAUUAAUCAGUGUUGGUCAAGCACAACUGAGAACAGACCUUCUACUAAACUCUGAAGAGACAUUUCAAGAGGAAGAGAAGGAGGAGGAGUAUCCCCUUCUCUCAGGAACAGCUCACUUUGAGUAUCCAGACACGUCCUCUGACUUUAGGGAGCCUCUGACUGAGGAAAAGAUAUAUGUCUCCUCCCUUUCCUCUGGGAGCCCUUAAUGUGAGGAAUGAGACAAACCUUCCCCACAUUAAGUCCUCAUUCUUGGGGCAAGAUGUAACCUUUGCCUUCAGGAAGACCCCAGUCUGAAGGAAUAGACAUAACUUCUCCCUUUCUCAGAGGAAAGAAAAAAAAAAUAUUCCUGAAAACCUUUGAGAACACUUACUAAACCAAGCAAUAUAAACAAUGUAUGGAGGUAGAUGGUGUGUACAAGACUGUGAUUGUCUAAAAACAAAACAAACACCAGUUUUUACCAUACCAUCACCAAUACUGUCUCAUUUCCUCAUGAAGUCUCUGGGUUCAGAAGUAGCCUGGAAUAUGGAUAUCUCACCAAUUAUUAAUAUUGAAGGAAGUAUUUUAAUCACUCAUCUCCUACCUCAGCCUAAACUGAGGAAAAUUUCACUCCCUUUUGUAUUACCUCCCAUGUUAUACUCUAUUUACAGCUUUAAACACAAAUCAUUAUAAACAAUCAUAUACUUUAAUAACAAUUUCAAAUAUGAGUGAAAAAGCUUUUAAAGGAAUCAGCUUCCUCUCACAAGGUCAUAAUGACUACAGCCAAUAAGAAGUAGAGAAAUAAGAUGAGGGAAAAAAACUGGAGUUUUCCUUGGUUCCAAAGAGGACAGUGGGGGUGAAGGUGGGUGAAGAGAAAGAAAAUGGUUUAUGGCGGUGAUAUCGAACUUUUUCGAGGGGCAGGUGAUGUGAGAAAUGUUCUCAGGGAGGGGAGGGAAGUAGCCUAAUCCCUCAUUCUAGUAAGAAUUCUGGUGAACUCUGUGCUGGGAAUACAAUGCAUGUGCUCACAGAGAGGGCUCUGGAUACCCUUUCUGAUACAUGUGCCAUAGGUUCACCAACACAGGUUGUUGGAAUAGAUACUGGUAGUCAUUUCAGUCUUGGUAUACUGGCCCUUCCCAUAGCUCUUCCCAACUUUCCUGUUUGGGGUACCAGACUAGAAAAUAUCAGUUCUGUUUGUUUUCUAUGAUUACUGUUCCAGAGAUAAUGACCAGUCCCACUCCCACCCCCAUCCCUGUGCUCUGCCAGCAUUCCUGGAGAAACAGAGGGGACUGGCACAAACUGAAAGUUCACCUUCUCUUCCAUCUCAGCAACGCAGCCUCUCUGCAUAUUGGUGCAUGAAUCCUUGGCAAAAGGAAAUCCCUUCCAAAUAGAAAUCCUUGUCAGCUCAGGGAACUCUAAAUAAAAUGUUCACAUUCCAAGAACAGAUUCUACAUUCAGUCCCUCCAAUGUCUCUCACUGUCCAGGAAAUAAAAGGGGGAAGGAGUUACAUUCACAAAUGACCACAUUAAUAAAAUUCAGUUUUUCAUCUGUC